AUGGCGCUUGUCGGCAACAUGGUAGCAGACGCAUUUCACGGCAGCGCGUCGACAGUGAACUACAUCCUUUUCGUGUCAGCAUUUUCGAUGUUAUCACUCUUCUACCUAUUUGCUGCGGGGGUCAGCGAGGCCUGCCUCAUUCAUCCUGGCUUCAUGUUCCUUGUCGAUCUACUGAAUACCAUAUUUAUUUUCUGCGGUGCAAUUGCUAUGCCGGCGAAGCUACGUGUGCAUUCAUGCACUAACAUGGUGUACACCGUAACGAACUCGAUAACCAGAGGCUCCCUGACGCCGGAAAAACGCUGCCGUGAAGCACAGGCAGUUACAGCCUUCCUUUGGUUUUUGUGGGUUCUGUUUCUGAUAUCGACGAUCUUGUCAGGGCUUAGUAUGCGUGGGACGCUGGCUGAAAUGCAUGGCCCGCGUCCUGGCCGGCGUUCCCGUCCGUCAAUGUCCCAGGUGUAA